AUGAUGAGGGUAUCCACCCUGGCGCUGGUCGUCCUUACGAUAUUCGUAUUGGCACGCGGCUCAGAGAUCAGAUAUGACGGAUACAAAGUGGUAAGGGUAGUUCCUCAGAAGUAUGAACAUUUACUGGCCUUGAAAGCGUUGCAGGGACAGACGGGUCAUGACAAGGUGGAUUUCUGGCUCGCCCCUCGCCAGGUCGGUGUGCCUGUGGAUAUGAGCAUGUCCCCAGAGGUGUUUCAGCGUUUAUAUGCUUCCUUCAAUUUGUGGGGAAUCUUUCCAACGGUUAUCAUAGAUGACGUGCAGAAGUUGAUAGACGCUCAGAAAUACGUCACCUAUGACGUGGAAGCCGACUUCGAUUACUCACAGUAUCACACACUAAGCGAGAUCGAGGCAUGGAUGAAGAACAUUACUGAUACAUACAGCGACAAAGCCUCAUUGUUCGAAAUAACGAAAUCCUAUGAAGCUCGAACUAUCAAUGGUAUCAAGAUCAGCACCAGCACCAGUCCUGAUCCCAGACCGGCAUUCUGGAUGGAAGGAGGAAUUCACUCCCGGGAAUGGAUAUCACCAGCUACAGUGAUAUACAUGACUGGACAGAUGCUGGAUAAUUACGAGGCUUUGAAAGAUUUUGUAGAUAGCUACGACUGGUACAUACUCCCUGUUUUCAAUGUGGACGGAUACGAACGAACCUGGAACGGGGACCGAAUGUGGAGGAAAACUAUGUCCGUACAUGGGAUAUGCACUGGAGUUGAUCCCAACCGGAACUGGGAUUUUCAUUGGAAUGAGAAUGGCGCCAGCUCUGAUCCGUGCUCUGAUACCUACGCCGGCCCCUCGGCAUUCUCUGAGAUCGAAGUCAAGGAAGUCGCUAAUAAAAUCGCGAGUAUAGCAAAUCUUAAAGGCUUUAUCGACUUCCACAGUUUCUACCAGUAUUGGAUGAGUCCUUGGGGGUACACAACUGAACUUCCGAAAGAUUUCAAGGAUAUGGACGAGGGAGGUAAAGCCGCCUGUGACGCACUUGAAGCUGUCCAUGGAACAAAGUUUGAACACGGCAGUAUCGCCAACAUAAUAUAUGUGGCUAGCGGUAGCAGUGCUGACUGGACCUACGGAAAACAGGAUAUUAAAUAUUCUUACGGAGUGGAGCUUAGGGACAGAGGCGAGUACGGGUUCUUAUUACCCGCCGACCAGAUAAUCCCGUCUGGUGAGGAGACGUUACAAGCCGUUAUAGCACUGGCUAAGUUUAUCACUAACAAUCCAUAG